AUGAGAGUUCUGGCAGCUCUAUUGGUCGCUGGACUGAGCGUCGCUUCCGCCAAUCUCUUUUCUCCCGGCAACGAAACUACAGCCACCGCUUUACAGCAGAUCCAGAAUCAGACUGAUCUUCCGCUACCGAAUUGUGCAGGCCUUUGUUUCGUUCAAGUCCUUCCAGAAUACAGCUGCUCCCCCGAUGACAUAUCCUGCAUUUGCCCGAACGCAAAUCUCACCACAUCACUCUCCGCUUGUUUCACCUCAAAUUGUACGAUACCAGACGGCCUCAUCGCACAAAAGUUCUCCAAAGACACCUGUGGAGCCGUGAGCCGCGAUGUGGCCCCAAUCACGAGGGGCCUUACCUGGGGAUUAUUUGCUUUUGCGCUGAUUUUCGUGGGCGCACGAUUCUUGGCUAGACCGGAACGAUUGAAUGGUAGUGGAUAUGGAACAGACGACUGGACGAUUCUGCAUUGUCUUGUGUUGUUGAUUCCUAUCAAUGUUCUGGUUCAGACCAUGACGGAUAACGGGCUUGGAACGGAUGCUUAUCAGGUUCCUGCUCUGAGGAUUACGUCUAUGCUGCAGCAAUUCUUCGUCUUCACAAUCCUUUACUGUGCCCUGGUAAUGGUCACGAGAAUCAGCAUCCUGCAACUCUACCUCCGAAUCUGGCGAGAAGCUGCUGUGGGAGUCUGGUUCCGUCGAACUUGCUGGAUACUGAUCUGGGUUCACGUUGUUACUCUAUUUGCUUAUUGCAUAAGUUUGGUCUUUCAGUGUACUCCUGUCGCCUACGCCUGGACCGCUUGGGACGGUCUGCACAAGGGAACCUGUGUCAAUCGCCAGGGACAGCUGUAUUCACUCGGUGCGAUCAACAUCUGCUACGAUGUCAUCGUCUUUGUGCUACCACUACACAACUUUUUGAAGUUGAAUAUCUCUUGGAGGAGAAAGACGGGGGUGUUGACGAUCUUCAUGGUGGGAUUGUUGGUUACGAUUUGUGCUGUUAUUCGACUCCAAUACCUCGUAAAGAUUGGUAGAAGCGCCAACCCAACGUGGGAUUACAACUCUGUCGUACAGUGGAGUUCGAUCGAAGCGAACUUCAGCGUGAUCUGCACUUGCAUGCCUGCUAUGGCCGGACUCCUCCAACGCGCAUGGGCCGCGCUAUCGGGUAACUCCAUCAGCAUCGAGCCCGGCGAGUGUAAAGCACCAGCUCACCCCUCUCAAAUCGACCCCGAACGAGCAGUCGGCCACGAAGGCAUGAUGCAUCUCCGCCAAGUCUCCGAUUUCGACGACUCCACCACCCGUUUCGACAGCGGAGACCGCAGCGCCCCCACCACCAUCACCCAGAAAUCCGGAGACUCGGAUACCUUGGAAAUGGUACAUCACGCUCCCCGACAGGCCACUGCGACGGAUUUCACCUACCGUGAUCGCGAUGGAAGGAUGCAUGAAGUGAAAGUYAUUGAUCGGCCUACGGAGGAUAUUGAAUAUGAUAGGAAUAAUGAUCGGGUGUCGAAGCAGGAGAAGGCGUUGAGGGAUUUGCAGGCGGCGCGUGAGUCGCCCGAGUCGCCUAUUGAGAGGACGGAUUGGAAUAAGACGGGUUGA